GACCGAGACGGAUGGUUGUCUUGGCAACCUAUAAACAGCAGCAGGCAGCUGCUGAAGAACGAGUCUUCUUUUGCCUUUAACUAUUUAAACAUUUCUUUUUAACUUUGUGUCAUUGUGCUGUAUUUUGACAAGGCUAAAUAGCUAAAUUGUUAGUCAAGUCAUUUAACCGGACUCUUAUCGCAAUGCCCGUGCUUAACAAUAACGUUGCAGCAUAUGCGAGAAAGAGCUCAACUGUUCAGAAGGUAUCUGGUGUGAAGUCAACCAAAACUGCAAUUAAGAAAAAGGAUGAGGAAGAGGGUGUGGAUACAGGUGAUGGAUGGGAUGAGUGGUGUCAUGGGAAAGGACUUAUUAAGCCUCCAGAUCAACUGGAGCUCACUGAGGCUGAGCUGAAAGAGGAAAUCACAAGGAUCCUGACAGCAAACAACCCACAUGCCCCCCAAAAUAUUGUCCGCUACAGCUUCAAGGAACGUUCCUACAAGCCUACCAGUGUUGUGGAUCAGAUGGCUGUUCAUUUUGUGUUGGAGGGCAGCCUCCUGCAUCAAGACUCUGAUGAGGCUCGUAGACUGAGGGCCAAGGAGGGUCUCCCUGAGGAGACUGCAACAGUCGACACUGGAGCAGAACCUGAUGAGGAGAUACCAGAAACCCCGGUGACACCCGUAGAGGAUGGAGGGGAAGUGGAGGAAGCUGGAGAAGAGGACAGACCAGACAGUGUUGCCUUCAAAACUGACAAGAAGGAGCCAAAAAUUACUAACCAGUUCAACUUCAGUGAGAGGGCCUCACAGACCCUCAAUAACCCACUGAGGGAAAGAAGCUGUCAGACUGAACCUCCUCCACGCAACAUCUUCUCUGCCACCGCUAAUCAGUGGAAGAUCUAUGAUGCGUAUGUGGAGGAGCUGCAGAAACAAGAAAAAAAUAAAGAGAAGCAGCACAAAGCCAUACCGUCAAAGAAAGAAAAUGACAAAAGCAAGAAGAAGGUGAUGCUGAUGGAGACUCAGAAUGAUGACAUCACCAAAGUGGCCAAGGCGUCCAAGAUCUUUGAAAGAAUGGCCAAUCAGAAUACAUUUGAUGACAUAGCACAAGAUUUCAAAUACUUUGAGGAUGCGUCUGAUGAGUUCAGGGACCAGGAGGGCACCCUUCUCCCUUUGUGGAAGUUCCAAUAUGACAAAGCCAAGAGACUGUCUGUCACUGCCCUCUGCUGGAAUAAGAAAUAUCAAGACCUUUUUGCUGUGGGAAUGGGAUCGUACGACUUUAGUAAACAGGGGCGUGGCAUGCUUGUCUUCUACUCAUUGAAGAACUCUGCCUUCCCAGAGUACAUCUACACCACCAAUUCUGGCAUCCUGUGCCUUGACAUCCAUCAGCAGCAUUCCUACCUGGUGGCGGUAGGCUUCUAUGAUGGCUGUGUGGCUGUCUACAACUUGAAGGAGGAGGGACUGGAGCCUGCUUUUAAGAGUACAGCUAAGACUGGCAAGCACACUGACCCCGUCUGGCAGGUGCGCUGGCAGAACGAUGACAUGGACAAUAACCACAAUUUCUAUUCUGUGUCAUCUGAUGGCCGAGUUGUGUCCUGGACACUCGUCAAGAAUGAGCUGGUCUUUACAGACAUUAUCAGACUGUCACUGAAUGGUGCUGUCUCUGAAGGGCCAGAAGGUGCACAGCAGCCCAGCACUGCUUGUGGUACAUCGUUUGACUUCCAUAAACAGAUUGACUAUCUCUUCCUAGUUGGCACAGAGGAGGGGAAAAUACACAAGUGCUCCAAGACUUACUCAAGCCAGUUCCUAGAGACCUAUGAUGCCCACAGCAUGGCAGUGGAUGCUGUAAAGUGGAACCACUUCCACCCUAAGGUUUUCAUCUCUUGCAGUUCAGACUGGACCGUCAAGAUCUGGGACCAUACCAUCAACACUCCAAUGUUCACCUUUGACCUGAAUGCAGCUGUUGGUGAUGUUGCCUGGUCUCCAUACUCCUCCACUGUAUUUGCUGCUGUCACAACAGAUGGAACAGUUCAUGUUUUUGACCUCAACAUCAACAAAUAUGAGGCCAUCUGCCAGCAGCAAGUGGUGGCCAAAAAGAAGACCAAGCUGACUCACAUUGAGUUUAAUCCCAUCUAUCCUAUCAUCAUAGUGGGCGAUGACCGAGGCUAUGUCACCAGCCUCAAACUCUCCCCUAACCUCCGCAAGAAACCCAAGAGCAAGAAGGGUCAGGAGCUGCCUAAGGGUCCAGAAGUAGAAGUAGCCAAGAUGGAGAAGCUCCUCAGUCUGCUGAGGGAACCAGAACAAAGCACAGUUUAAUGUGGCUUCUCUCCCCCACCAGAACAACAUGGUACAAUCUUUUAUUCUCAUUCAUAAAAUAAACCCCACUUCUUCUGCUCAGUGUGUGCAACAGUAAACAGCAUCGUCAUAACAAGAAAACAAUUUGUAUAUGUUUAUUAAAAAUGUUUUCCUCUGAUAUCCCUUAAGCUGUUAAUAAAUCAUUCAUAUACAAUUAAUAAUGCAUUUAUUUAUACUGCAGUACAUGAUACAUAUAUUUAACAGGCAACAUUAGAAUUCCAGUGACUUGACUGACCUCCUCUGCAGGGAUUUAUUUAACCCAUUCCGUAUGUAUUGUACAAGUUGAUUAAGCUAAAAAGUGAGGGGGGAGAGUUGCUGCAAGUGAACGAGAAGAUAAAUUAGCGUAAUAGACUGAGCAUUUAUGGACCAUAUCCAGACGACUUAUCUUGGCUGGCACGCGCCGUCCUGGGCACCCGUCCAGGGAUGAGCUAGGAGCCUUUUAAUAUCCCAUCUACGGGGAGAACUUUGCUUUGAGUCAUGGCGGUGUCCAUCUUUAUUUUGCCUUUUUCUCCAUUCCUCUCUGUCUUAAUGAUCUUGUCCUUCAGUAAAGUACCACCCAGUGCUCUAGUGCUCAACUGGAAUCAAAUGCUGCCACACCUUCCCAGGCUCUCUUUCUUUCUCUCUCUGCCACAGAGAGCUCCUCCGUCCGUCACAUCUUCCUGCGAACACAUGCAGCACUCUCUCCCUUAAGUGUGAUUCAUUACUUCAUCUCCACAAGUUUAGUUAGAGAGGGCCGCUCAAUCACCUAAUUUUUACAGACAAUGCAUAACAAAUGAUUGUGUCCAUGGGGUAGUAAUGAGAAAAGCUGCGAUGAUAGUAAGCAUACUGCAGGGUUGGUCAAAUAACUGUUUGUGCUACAGUUUGUCAGAUGUGUUUAUGUUGCAUUCUUGUAGAUUGUUGUAGCCGCAAGUAUCACAUUUGGGUUGGGUCGAAGAGUGUUCCAGUAGUUAGAAAGAGCCAAACAAAGGUCACAAUUUCAGUGCAAAAACUGUAGUAUUACCAGAGGAAAAUUCCCCCCUUGUGUACUGUUACUCUUAUGUAUCAGCAAUAUGUGAUAUUUAUUGAAUUCCAGGAGCUACUUAAUGAGGCGUUGCUUUAUUCUGUAUCCACUGUCUCUUGUGUUGUUGAGAUAUACUUCAGUCAAUUAUUUUACUAAAAUGACUUCCAACAACCUCCUCAGAGGGGUAUGAACUUCUUCUUUUCAAGGUUUUCUCUUAAGACAGAAAGUCACCUUUUACUCAGAUUAUAACAUAUUUCAUGGCUGCAUUUAAUUCUGGUCUACUGAGGCUAUUGUCGGUGAAGAAAUUGGUGUUUCUGUAUCUUUAACAAUGGAUUUCUCUUGGUCUUUGAUUCCGAUGUUCUUAAACCUGACAAAAUUCCAACAGUUUAUCUUAACAUUG